AUGGGAGCUCCGAGUGGAAAGAUCAACAGACCAAAAACUGAGUUGGGGAAAAAGCUUUUUAAGCGGCGUCGUGUUUUAGGUCGUGAGAAGAGGAAGAAACACAAGAUUGUGGGAGCUGUGAUUGACGAAGGGCUUAUCACCAUCCAUCACCUGAAGAAAAGAACGUCAAGUCCACGUGCAAAUAUCACACUGUCUGGGAAGAAAAGGCGAAAGCUGCUCAAACAACUUAGUCACAUGGAUAAGGAAAAAUCCAGUAUGGAAGUUCAAAUAGUUGAAAAACCUCAAGUUAAGAAAACUGCAGUUCAGACUAAGAAGACCAAGACGAAGAAGAAAGUAGCUGUGGCUCUGGAAGACGUGGAAAUGACUGCUGUUGAGUGA